GGGGUGGGCGCGGGGCCGCGGAGUUGGGGAAAGUGACAAGUUGGGGAGGCUGAGCGCAGGGGCGCGAGCGCCGAGGGAGGAGCGCCGCAGGCCGCCGAGGGAGCCGGACGGCGGCCCGGCCAGGCGCGCUCUUCCUGCCCGGAGCCCGAGCCGCGAGCCCGCCCUCCGCCAGCGCCGCUGCGACAGCCCGGGCCGGCCGGCGAGGCGAGGCGGAGGGCAGAGGGACAAAGGGCUUCGCAGACGCCCCCGCCGUCCUGCGGGGAGCGCGGCCGGGCCGAGCCCGUGGAUGUGCUGCGCGCGGCCCGGGAGCCGCCGCCGCCGCCGCCGCGAGAGGAGGGAUGCUGCGGCCGGGCCGCCUCGGGGCGCGCCCGCCGCUCCCGGUGCUGCUGCUGCCGCUGCUGCUGGCGGCGCGCGGGGCCGCUGCCCAAGAAACGGAGUUGUCAGUCACCGCCGAGUUAGUGCCUACCUCGUCGUGGAACGUUUCGAGUGAGCUCGACAAAGAUUCUUUCCUGACGCUCGAUGAACCCAUGAACAACAUCACCACGUCCCUGGGGCAGACGGCCGAGCUGCACUGCAGAGUGUCUGGGAACCCACCGCCCACCAUCCGCUGGUUUAAGAAUGACGCGCCUGUGGUCCAGGAGCCCCGGAGGAUCUCCUUUCGGGCAACCAACUACGGGUCUCGGCUGCGGAUUAGAAACCUCGACACCACAGACACGGGCUACUUCCAGUGCGUGGCCACGAACGGCAAGAAGGUGGUCUCCACCACUGGAGUCUUGUUCGUCAAGUUUGGCCCCCCGCCCACCGCGAGUCCGGGAUCCUCAGAUGAGUACGAAGAAGACGGAUUCUGUCAGCCGUACCGGGGGAUUGCAUGUGCAAGAUUUAUUGGCAACCGCACUGUCUAUAUGGAGUCUUUGCACAUGCAAGGAGAAAUAGAAAAUCAGAUCACAGCUGCCUUCACCAUGAUCGGCACCUCCAGCCACUUAUCGGACAAGUGUUCCCAGUUUGCCAUCCCCUCCCUCUGCCACUAUGCCUUCCCCUACUGUGAUGAAACCUCAUCCGUCCCCAAGCCCCGUGACCUGUGUCGCGAUGAGUGUGAAAUCCUGGAAAAUGUCCUGUGUCAGACAGAGUACAUUUUUGCCAGAUCCAAUCCCAUGAUUCUGAUGAGGCUGAAACUGCCCAACUGCGAGGACCUCCCCCAGCCGGAGAGCCCCGAAGCUGCAAACUGCAUCAGGAUUGGAAUUCCCAUGGCGGAUCCUAUCAAUAAAAAUCACAAGUGCUAUAACAGCACAGGUGUGGACUACCGGGGGACCGUCAGUGUGACCAAAUCAGGGCGCCAGUGCCAGCCGUGGAAUUCCCAGUACCCGCACACGCACACCUUCACCGCCCUCCGCUUCCCAGAGCUGAACGGGGGCCACUCGUACUGCCGCAACCCUGGCAAUCAGAGGACUGCUCCCUGGUGCUUCACGCUGGACGAGAGCUUCCAGUCUGACCUGUGCGACAUCCCGGCGUGCGAUUCUAAGGACUCCAAGGAGAAGAAUAAAAUGGAAAUCCUGUACAUACUGGUGCCAAGUGUUGCCAUUCCCCUGGCCAUCGCCCUGCUGCUCUUCUUCAUCUGUGUCUGCCGCAACAACCACAAGUCGGCGUCGCCCCCUGUGCAGAGGCAACCGAAACACGUCAGGGGUCAAAACGUGGAGAUGUCGAUGCUGAAUGCGUAUAAACCCAAGAGCAAGGCCAAAGAGCUGCCACUUUCUGCUGUACGUUUUAUGGAAGAACUGGGGGAAUGUGCCUUUGGAAAGAUCUACAAGGGCCAUCUCUAUCUCCCAGGCAUGGACCACGCUCAGCUGGUGGCUAUAAAGACCUUGAAAGACUAUAACAACCCCCAGCAAUGGACAGAAUUUCAACAGGAAGCCUCUCUGAUGGCUGAACUACACCACCCCAAUAUCGUCUGCCUUCUGGGUGCCGUCACUCAGGAACAACCCGUGUGUAUGCUUUUUGAGUAUAUGAAUCAGGGGGAUCUCCAUGAGUUUCUCAUCAUGCGAUCCCCACACUCCGAUGUUGGCUGUAGCAGUGAUGAGGACGGGACUGUGAAGUCCAGCCUGGAUCACGGGGAUUUUCUGCACAUUGCAAUCCAGAUUGCAGCCGGUAUGGAAUACCUGUCAAGUCACUUCUUUGUCCAUAAGGACCUGGCAGCUCGCAAUAUUUUAAUCGGAGAGCAACUUCACAUAAAGAUCUCAGACCUUGGGCUUUCCAGAGAAAUAUACUCCGCCGAUUACUACAGGGUACAGAGUAAGUCUUUGCUGCCCAUUCGCUGGAUGCCCCCGGAAGCCAUCAUGUAUGGCAAAUUCUCUUCUGAUUCAGAUAUCUGGUCCUUUGGGGUUGUCUUGUGGGAGAUUUUCAGUUUUGGACUCCAGCCAUAUUACGGAUUUAGUAACCAGGAGGUGAUGGAGAUGGUGAGAAAGCGACAGCUAUUACCGUGCUCUGAAGACUGCCCCCCUAGAAUGUACAGCCUCAUGACAGAGUGCUGGAACGAGAUUCCUUCCAGGAGACCAAGAUUUAAGGAUAUUCACGUCCGGCUCCGGUCCUGGGAGGGCCUCUCAAGUCACACAAGCUCUACCACUCCUUCGGGAGGAAAUGCCACCACGCAGACGACCUCCCUUAGUGCCAGCCCAGUGAGUAAUCUCAGUAACACCAGAUACCCGAAUUACAUGUUCCCGAGCCAGGGUAUUACACCACAGGGCCAGAUUGCCGGAUUCAUUGGCCCACCAAUACCUCAGAACCAGCGAUUCAUCCCCAUCAAUGGGUACCCAAUACCUCCUGGAUACGCAGCAUUUCCCGCCGCCCACUAUCAGCCAGCAGGGCCUCCCAGAGUGAUUCAGCACUGCCCGCCUCCCAAGAGCCGGUCCCCAAGCAGUGCCAGCGGGUCCACUAGCACUGGUCAUGUGACCAGCUUGCCCUCAUCAGGAUCCAAUCAGGAAGCCAAUAUUCCUUUACUGCCACACAUGUCGAUCCCAAAUCAUCCCGGUGGGAUGGGUAUCACCGUUUUUGGCAACAAAUCUCAAAAACCCUACAAAAUAGACUCAAAGCAACCAUCUUUGCUAGGAGACGCCAAUAUUCAUGGACACACCGAAUCUAUGAUUUCUGCAGAACUGUAAAAUGCACGACUUUUGUAAAUGUGGUAUACAGGAAAAACUAGAAGACCGUAGAAAAGAUUUAUCUUCAAAUGUUUUUAUUAAAGUAAGUUUCUCAUUUGGCAGACAUUGCAACAAGUAUCUUCUGUGAAGUUUAACUGUGUCUUACCAAGCAGGGCAGACACCAGCCAGAAAAAAACGCUGUGGGAUUAACACUCCAUCAGGGUGCACGCCCUGGCGUUGGGAAUGGUACAUCUGGUUUCAAGUACUGAAAACUGCAAACCAGUGAGGAGGAGAAGCAGCUCGUGAUUAAGUAUCAAACCAAAAAGGAAAGUCAGAUGGUGCCUUGUGUGUCCGCCUUCGGUCACCACGACCGGUCUCUCCCUGAAAUGUAUAUACCCUAGCGUUUGUCUACCUGCUGUCUCUUCUUCAGGACAGAUGUUCAGGAAUGAUGUUGAUUCAGUUUAGACUCUAUGCAUGUUUGUAUGGAAGUGCUGUUCAGAAUCAAUGAGGAAACCUAGGCCAAAUUUGAAAUCCUAGAUGGAAACGAGCCAUAAGACAAGUGUAAGAUCCCCUGAAGCCUUCUGCACAGUGGGGCUUCUCUGGAAAGGUGCAGAGUGUGUCUCUUUGUGAAUCUCCUCUGCUGAUCGCGAAGGCCUUUUCCACGUUCUCCUUUGCCACAGUGUUUACACAAGCCCUUGAAAUAACGUAGGGCAUCAGACCAUAAGAAGGCUAGAUGUGGAUGCUGGAAUUGAUUGUUGGUUGAUAGUUCACUUCAUUGCAUUAGAAAUGAGGCACCAAAGGAAGCAUGGUCAGGAAAAUGGCCCCUGGGCCUAGGUCAGCAUCAUGGGAGAGGAACAAGGGUUUCCAUGGCGACAGCCUCCCAGAGUGUCCCUGGACCAAUAACAUUGAAGAACAGAGGUGUGGCUGCAGACCAGCACAUGGGUGCUUGCAACCUCCUGCCUGUCAGUCAUCCAAGGUCUAGGGGCGCUGACCAUCAGUGGCCUCUGGGCGCGUAGGAAACUCCAAGACAACAAUAUCUAGUCAAUUUAAAGUUUCUUUCACUUUUUUUUUUUUUUUUCUGAGCUGGGAGUGUUCACGGAUUUUAUUCCAGCACCAAGAGUUAUGACAAUUUAUUCAUAGAGUUAGGUGGAAUCCAAAGACUGAAUUCUAUUUUGCAAAAUGUUACAGUAUUUUUAAGAAACAAGUACUGUACUGAGUUCUCACUUCAAAGAUUACCACAAACUGAAUUUUUUAAGCUGGUAAAUAGAAGAAGCAACAUGAUCGUUUUUGCCUCACUCAGAGGGAGGUAUCGAAUGUGCCUCUCGGGCCAUUGGUCUGCUAGCCAUUUCUGCCAAGUUUAGAAUUCUUCUGGGUUUCAAGUUCUAUAUAGAAAGGAAUGUUAUUUUGAUUUUUCUCGUGUUAAAAAAAGUAAUUCCUUUAUUCUAAGAACAAUGUCUCAAAGUCUCAUUGUUUUAUUUUACAGCUAAAGAGACUUAUAAAGAGACUUACAGGAUAUAAAAUAAUUCCUGGAAAUGAUAUUUGAUGAGGAGACUGUAAGAGAAUUAGCAGCAGGUUGGUGUUUCAAUUUUGUAAAAGAAAACACAAUUAGGAUGAAAAAUCAGGAAAUACAUUUACCAAAAUGUGUUGUAAUUUUCCCAAAUGCUGAAUCUUCAGACCACAAAUGUGGACUUACAGGUACUGUGGACUCGAAGGAUUGGCUGUAUCCAGAUUUAUUUGGGAGAUAAAUUAAGACGUAUUUUUGUGGCAUAAAUAAGGUGAUUCCGAAGUGACAUUUCUUAACUUUAGGUGGAGGAGAAUAUUUGUAUCCUUUUGUUGCUAUGCAACUGUAUAAUGAGGAAGAGUCAAACCACAGUUUUGUAUAUCAUACGACAAUCAAUUGCUUUCCAAGAAUAUUUAUUAUUUUAAUUAAACACGAUUUCAGUGAAUCUGAGUUUUUCUGGGAGUCCCUUAAAGGGAAAUCAGCAUUCCAUGAGCCAGUAAAAUACCUACUCUGGAAAAACAUUACUAUGCUUAAAAAAUAAAUCCAAGUUAGUUUUUUAUAAAGAACUAGAACAUUUAUUGUAAACAUUUUAUAAUUACUGAAGUCAUCAAGGUGAGCAAACUAAACUUCAAAACCACUUGUAAUGUGUUUUAUAAUAGCACUAUGAUGCUACGUAACACAGUCCCUUUUGUAUUAAAAUAGUAUUUUUUUCACAGACUGAAAAAUAUCUUUUGCUUUGUUGACAAUGUUUUGUAAGAUGACUUUAUUUUCAGAUCUUUCCCCUUUUUUGCACAAAGCUCUGUUUAUGGUUUGUAUCACCGAAGUGAAAAUAUAUCUCUGCAUUUUUAUAUCUGGUCUGUUUCCUUGUUUCCUGUGUUUAUUUUUAACUCGAUAUAGAUUUUCUUCAAAUAUAUAAUGGCAGUAUUCAGAUAUCGCGCCCUCCCAUAUCUUUCCUUACUUUCACUGCAUGCGUUUAAUCACUGUAUUACUUAAUGUUUGAUUUGUUAUUAUGGGCAUUUGGAAUACACAAGCAUGGAAUUGUAAUGACAGACAGACUUUUAUAUUGAGGAUAUAUGCAUUUGUAUUUCACUCACCAGAGAUGCUAUUAAACACUGAUUAUUUUAUGCUGCUGUUUAUUAAAAUGUUUACCAUUAAAUAUUAUUUCCUGAAUAUUGA